UCGCUCGUUCACCGAUGUCGUCGAAUGAAAGCCGGCAAGUCAUGCGUCGACUUACUCCUCAUGGUACACCUCAUGCAGCUAGUCUGUAAGUGUACAAGCAUGCAGCGCAUAAGGAUGAGAAGUAUAUGCGACAUUUACGAUGAGCACGUCCGCGGGUAUGACUACGCACCGUCCCAGCGGACAUUCUUACACUGGAAUCAGAAUGGCAGCAAGUUUGCGGCGGUAGCGUCGGGCGGAACCAUCUACGCCCUUAUACUCAUAGCGCAGGCGGGUAUGCGGGUGGACAUUGUCAAAUCUGUUGGCGAUUUCGCCUGGAAACUUGCGAAUGUACUUCGUGAUCCGGAUCGAGACACUCUGGCCGGAAAGCAAGUCAUAGAGACCAUCAUCCCAGCUAUUUCGCGUCUUCGCCAAACUAUGCCCGUUCGGUUCGACACCAUGUUCUCUCCCUCACUACUCAGCGAGCUGCGAUUGCCCUCCGACUCGUUGAUCUGCUACGAUCUGCGCCAAUCUGACCUGGUUUUUGAAUCGCUCCUGCUCAACAACUUCAAUGAAGUGCCGAGGAAUUGGGACGUCUGGGCGCCAUGCCUUGUGCCUGUGGGGCCGAUCGGGACGACGGCGCUGACGUUCGCAAGCCGAAGUCUCUUUAGACCGGUAUACGAAGAUUUGCAGGAUGCCCCGUCUCCGAUGACCGUGGACGACGAAGAGGACGACACAAGAGAGCGGGAUAUGCCCGGGGACCAGCUAGACGGAACGUCUACUGCAACAGACCUACCCGCAUCCUCCAUAACUAUACUGGGCUUGGACCUGUCAGCGGAAUCGCUUCGGGCAAUUCCCGUGCCGACUUCCCCUGAAGAAGCAUUUGCGUGGACGGAAACCCAACGCUCUCUCGCGCAACUGGCGGAAACACCGGAGACUCUGGAGGAACUGCAAAGUCUGCUAGAUCAAAGGUCUCAGAACGGCGUUUCCACGCAUCCCACGGAAUAUAUUGCACUGCAGCCAUCGCUCAUUAUCUGCAGUGAACCACUUCGGAUCUCGGAUUCCCGUGGAUGUCUAGUCGCCAGCGUGUAUGCCAACAUGCCCGAGAAGCUGAGGCGUGCGCUGAUGGUGAACCUAACCGCCAGCUUCGAGGAUCAGCCAGAAACCCUGCAACAGAUGUGCUCCGCAUCCCAAGGAAGGCAGUACAGUUUUCCGGCCAUCCAUUUUGCGUGGUAUAACAGGCAUGGGACCAGGGGCCAUGGAAUUCCUGUGGACUCGCACCCCAUGCUGAUAGAGAAGGAGUGCACCUCGAAGACUAAUUACGCCCAGAUGCUCCCUUACAUUUCCGCCGACAUGCGCAAGUAUUCCGGCAUCUACGAUAACCUUGAAGCAACCUUCAGCGAAGUAUUCGAGUUCAUGGCCGAGCAGAUUAAACAUACCCUUCCUGAUGAGUAUGACGAGUUACGCAUGGAUGCUGAAGUCCUACCGGGAAAUGCCCACUCGAUAGCGCACCCAUUCCUGUCUCUUGUGAUCAAUCUGAACGUCGCUACCCUCGCUCAC